AUGGAGCAAGAGAAACACAAAAUGGAUACACAACAUGUACAACAAUGCCGAUGUGUCGACAAGCUCGGUGAAAACGUUAGUUUCAUCCAUUGCGAUGUGUCGAACGAAGACGAUAUCUGCAAUCUGAUCUAUGCCACCGUCUUGAGACACGGAAAACUGGACAUCAUGUACAACAAUGCAGGCAUCAUGGACGUGCCGACAAUCGGAGGGGCAUUGGAUGCUAAAAGAUCAGACCUGGAAAAAAUUUUUGAGGUCAACUUGAUGGGUGCUUUCCUUGGAGCCAAGCAUGCGGCAAGGGUGAUGAUCGCUCAACGCAAAGGAUGUAUUCUCUUCACUGCCAGUGCUUGCACUUGUAUUGCAGGGCUUGCGUCCCACAACUACUCUCCAACAAAGUAUGCAAUUCUGGGGCUGGUUAAGAACUUGACGCCUGAUUUGGAGCAAUACGGCGUACGGGUGAACUGUGUCCGCCUUACGCCAUCGUAA